AGACAUUUAUUCUAUUCUAAACGGUGAAGUAGCUUCAGGCUAACGGCACACACUUUUGUUUAACAAUACCUCAGUCUAAAAGCAAAAUUUUCAUUUCAUAAUUAAAGAUGGCCAAAUUGUGCGCAGUCCUGUUUCUUUGCGUUGCCGCUUUUGCGCUCACCUCCGCUGCCACCAUCCGCGAUCGCCCCUUGGCGUUUGGCAAGCCAGCUGCUGUGCCCAUCGUUGCUGUCGUGCAGUCUGAGAAGGAGAAAGAAUUCGUGCCAAUUGUGAAAUCAGUGGCGGAGCGCAAAGAUGAUGGUUCUUUCGUCUUCUCGUACGAGGGCGCUGAUGGCAGUUACCGCGAGGAGGUCGGCAUUGUAAAGAACGCCGGCACCGAUGAGGAGACUUUGGAAGUGUCGGGCUCAUACCGUUACUACGACGCCGAUGGUCAGUUGGUCGAGGUGCGUUAUACCGCAGGCGAAAAUGGUUUUGUGCCACAAGGCUCGAAUAUUCCACAAGAAAUCUCGGCAGCAGCGCAAGCAGCCGCUGAGGUGGCGCGUAGUCAGCCAGUGGAAGUGAAAUGAGGUGCGUGUGUUCGAUCGACAAAUCAGUGAUUGAAUUGUAUUUGGAAGUGCUUUAUAAGUACGCGUGUCUAUUGCUAAUAAAUUAACGAAUUACGAAUUGAUAAUAAGAGAAAAAUAAAUUUAACAACUUUUCUAAAAAAAUA